AUGUAUCCACCACGUCGAGGCGGACUACCUGCAAGAGGUUAUGUUGGACGAGUGACCCCUGCUCUCUCUAGGGCUGGUAAUUCGUGUGCACCGCCGGGAUUCCCUCUUCGUAGCAUCACCGAGCUCUUGCAGGCGCCUGCACGACGAAACCAGCCGACUCUCCAUCCCGAGAAGAGAGAUGGCGCACUUUG